UGUGUGCGCUGUCUGCUCUCUGUCUUGGAGAGGUGUGUAGGAUUAGCAGGAUUUUACUGAAGAAAGAAAGAAAAAGAAAGAAAAAAGAGAAAGAAAGAAAGAAAAUAAGAAAUUGCAGCACAUAGUUUGAGGACUUUACUGAAGAUGUUGAAAAUAUUUUAAGGAGGCUUCCUUAAGGACAUGCUGGACAUGUAUGGGAACAAACAGACGAUGUCACUGACUUCUGAUGAUGGACACAGUGCUUUUUAAGGACUCACAGUUGCAGGAUUUUGAAACUUCUGCUUUGUUUGAGACUUUUUUCCCUGAUUUAAAUUUACUUUUUCAGACGAAUCUCUGCAUCUCCCUCAUAUGUUCUUGAAGACAAUUGCUCUCCUGAGACGUGGAUAUGUGUGAACAUUUGUUAAGCUGACUUUAAAAAUAUAUCUCAUCUCAAAUAAAAUUAAAUAUGCAUUGCUUUUCUAUAAACAGUUUAACCCUUUUUGCCACAAAUUCACAUUUCUAGCUUGUUGCUGCUCCUGUAUAUUUGCCAGUGAAUGUGUCAUAAGCUGUGAGUGGAGAGCCAGCUGAUGACAUGAACUGCUGAAUAUUUAGCUAAUCCUCUGUGGAUACAACUAUUUUUGACAUUUAUUUUUGCCCUCAUCUAAAUCCUAAUCCAGGGGAAACAAAUCUCACCCACUCACCUGAAGCUGCUUUUAAUCUAAAGAGAAAAGAGAGAUGGCACAGAAAGACGGAGGAACGGAGCAGGGGCGUGUCAAAACAGAUGAUAAUCUGGGGACUAAAGCCAUGUCCGGGGGCCCUACAGCAGGUGGAGGAGUGGUGGUGGAGGUCAGGGAGAAGAAAGGCCCCCUGAGAGCUGCAAUUCCCACUAUGCCUUUCCCCUUGGCGGUCAUCUGUCUUUUUCUGAAUACCUUCAUACCUGGACUUGGCACCUUCAUCUCAGCGUUCACAGUGCUGUGCGGCGCUCGCAGUGAGCUGAUCUCAGAGCGAGGUGUUUGCUGUGUAUUCUGGCUCAACGUAGCAGCAGCCCUGAUUCAGAUCCUCACAGCUGUUAUCAUGGUCGGAUGGAUCAUGAGCAUCUUCUGGGGAAUGGACAUGGUCAUCCUGGCAAUUUCUGAUGGCUGCAGAGACCAGGGCAUUCCUCAGGAUGUGUGAGGGAAGCCGUUCUCAUGCUAGCUGGUGGGUCGCACGGACAGCUUGACCUCUUUGACCUCCCCAAAGGUGACUUUUUCAUUAGUAAUGACCUUGAGCUGACACCGUGUAGAGGCCGAGACGUGAUGAAUGGAUUCAUUAAUGAACAGUGAAGCGAGAGGCUGCCCUUCAUGGAAAUCUUUAAUCGCUGGCUGCUGAUUGGUCACAUUUACGUUUGCCGAAAAUUAUACUUAGCAUUUACAGCCACAAGAAAUAUAAGGGAUAAUAAUGAUAUUAAUAAUGAAUAAAAACUACAUGUGUUGACUUUGUUGAGUAAUUAUAAAAGUGAUGUUGGAUUUUUUUCAUUGUUCUUUGAUUUAAUUGCCAAAUAUGGAUAAAGGAAAAUUCGUGAGCUGCUUGAUUGAGCUGCCCCAGGACUUUUUAUCACAUGUUUUAAAUGUUGUAUCAGAGACUACCUUUAGCCUUAGCUUCUAGUGUAUUGUGGCCUUUCCCUUACAGUUUUGUUAUAAUAUCAAAUCGCCAGUCUUCUCCAUGUAAUGUCAGGAUAUACAGUAACAGCCACAGCGCUGUAUGUCCAUCGAUCUUCAUACAAAACAAUCCCAAAACUCAACAUCACAGCACAUGAGCCCGGGCUGUGAAACACACGUCUUCCUGUGGAGCAUGUCAUGGUUAAAAUACAACACCAUGCUACGCGAUAUUCACUCAACUCUGAGUAAAAACUCAUGACAAUGGAUUGAAAAUCUGCAACCAGGCGAUUAUCUUAUCCUUGCUAAUAAAGCUAAUAUGUUUUUUUGCUGGUCACAUGAUGUGCGUGAGCCUAAAAAAACCUGAGAAAAACCGAGUUAAAAAUGAUUCAUUCUUCCUGAUGAAUAUUUGAUUUGAGUUUUCAUACCUCUUAAAUGUGUAAAUCAGUGCCAAAGGGAUAUAGCACAUUAUUCCUGCACUGUAUCUAAUUAACAGUCUCAAAAUAUCAGCUCCCACUAUUAAUCACUCUGGAAGACACACUGUCUGUCACAUUAUGAUGAAGAUAAAGUUACAGGCCCAUGUUCGAACAGCUAUUGUUUGUUAAUUGAUGAGAGUCGGUGGAAGCCGCCAGCUCCUCCCAUUAGAAACUCCGAGCUCCCUUUUUGAAACAAUCAGAUCAGAAACAUUUAAAGCUGAUUAAUUCACUGUUUCGUGUCACAUGCAGCCAAACGUAAGUGGUGCGUUUGUGUGAUGGAUAGUGUGCAAUAUUCAAGAGGGAGACUGAAGAAUGUGGUUCAGCUGUGUAAGUGGUCCUGAAGCUAAAAGGGGGAGAAAUGUGCAUCACUCUGUAAGUUGCGGUGGAAUUGUUGAGCCAAAUAAAGCCUUUCCCAUGAUACCCCAUCAGCUUUCUCAUGCACCACAUCAUUGCCCUAUUUCCCUUAAAAAAUACCCAAGAGUAUAACAAGUCAAAAAGGCUAUAAAAAAUAAAAAUAAAGUAAAUGACAAUGAAAAACAGUGUACUAGAUCAAAAUUAUUAAGUGUGUUGGCAGGAAAUAAUUAAUAAAAUCAGGUUCAUUUAUACCCUAUUUCUUUCCCUGAUCACUAAGACUUUAGAUGCAGAUACCUUCGGGGAAGAACAUUAAUGGCCGGCUAUUGUACAUUUUUUAAGUUAUAAUAGAGUUCUGUUUUUUCUUUGGCAAGAGCCAGGACUUAAGGGACUGCAAAUGCUUACGUUUAAAUCACCAUCAGCUAUUUUAUGUUCAGACCUGAUUCUUGUGGAUGUGAAGUUUGGUUUCUCGUUGAUGUGUGACUGAGAGCAGUGGUAGGGUUUAGCUGGGAGCGGGCCACCACAAUAAAGACUCUUAAAGCGAUGAAUCAGCCCGACAUUUGUCUUCAGUGUAGCUGUUAAUGGUACUGACUGCAACAACAAUCACUUAACUGAGUGGUGCAAGGUCAGUGUUGCUUCAGGAUGUGUUUUACAUUAAUAGACUGCUUAUAGGGAUUACGAUAGAAAUGAUAAAACGACCUUACAAUAGCAAAUAAACAGCUGCAGUGUUACACUGUAAAGCUCAAUCACUCACUGGCCAUUUCAUUAGGUUUACCUCACAUGGCAGCAACUCUGUCCAUUUAGGCAUGCAGGCAUGGUCAAGAUGAAGAUCAAGAUCAGAGAAUGGCCAGAUUUCAAUGGCCAAACUGAUAGGAAGGCAACGCUAACUCAAAUAAUCUUCUCUGAAUGCACUACACCUUAACGCACAUGGGCCACAGCAGCAGAAGACCACUGGGUGCCACUCAUGUCUGCUAUAAACAAGAAACUGAAACUAGAGCUCACACUGGCUCAUCAAAAUUGGACAUUAGGAGAUUGGAAAAAUGUUGCCUUGUCUGAUGAGUCUCAAUUUUGGCUGCA